GAGAGUCUCGGGAUCGACACGUGGGGGCGCCUGAGCGAAGAUAACCGUAAUAAAUAGUAACCUAACGGUCCAGUCAUCGUUCUGUGGUCCUUUCUUUUAUGAUUCACAAGGAAUGACCCUCUUCAUCGCCUCUCCUAAUUCAGUCCUCACAACAGUCCUUUUACAAAUGGGACAGCUUUACAGUCCUUUUACAAAUGGGACAACAGGUUAGAGGAAGUCAGGCAGAUUCCCAGCAUCAUAGAGAGUAAAGGACCAGGGAAGGAUCAGGAUUCAAGGACUGCACCCAGGCUCUGCUUCCAGCUUGCUGUGUGACUUUGGGUAAUUUUGUUCCCUUAGGGAACUGAGCUUUCUCAUUUGUAAAUGCAAACAGGCUGUUGGGAGGAUCAAAUGAGAUCCAGGGGUGAAAACAGCUUAGUUUACUUUCAGGAAUUUACCCACGCGGUAUAUAAAGGCAAAAUAUUAUUAUAGUCAGGUGAUUGUAGAUUGAGGAACCCAUUUCCUCAUUUUGCAAAUUGCAAACCUGAGGGCCCAAAGAGGGACAGGGGCUUGCCUCAGGUCUCAGCAGGCUGUGAGCAAGAGCUAAAGCCUAAUCCUCCUGCCUUUGGGCCUGGAGCCCUUCCUUGUACCCCAGGGGUCAGUGUCUUUGUUGGAUACAGGCUUAGAUUGACUGACUGUACCCUGAGAACCUAGGGGAGUCCCUGUUCCCAAUUCUUCUCCUACCCCCACCUUGGCCUGAUGGAGGAAGACCCUGCUGUGUUGAGAUGAGCACCAGAGCCAAGAAGCUGAGGAGGAUCUGGAGAAUUCUGGAGGAAGAGGAGAGUGUUGCUGGAGCUGUACAGACCCUGCUUCUCAGGUCCCAGGAAGGUGGCGUCAGCAUCUGCAGCCGCGUCGACGUUGUCGGAGCCUCCGCGGAGGACCCAGGAGAGCCGGACUAGGACCAGGGCCCUGGGCCUCCCCACACUCCCCAUGGAGAAGCCGGCGGCCUCUACAGAGCCCCAAGGGCCUCGGCCGGUCCUGGGCCGUGAGAGUGUCCAGGUGCCCGAUGACCAAGACUUUCGCAGCUUCCGGUCAGAGUGUGAGGCUGAGUGCCGGAUGGAGUGCCGUGAUGUGCCAGCCGAGACACUCUACGACGUCCUACACGACAUUGAGUACCGCAAGAAAUGGGACAGCAACGUCAUUGAGACUUUUGACAUCGCCCGCUUGACAGUCAACGCUGACGUGGGCUAUUACUCCUGGAGGUGUCCCAAGCCCCUGAAGAACCGUGAUGUCAUCACCCUCCGCUCCUGGCUCCCCAUGGGCGCUGAUUACAUCAUUAUGAACUACUCAGUCAAACAUCCUAAAUACCCACCUCGGAAAGACUUGGUCCGAGCUGUGUCCAUCCAGACGGGCUACCUCAUCCAGAGCACAGGGCCCAAGAGCUGCGUCAUCACCUACCUGGCCCAGGUGGACCCCAAAGGCUCCUUACCCAAGUGGGUGGUGAAUAAAUCUUCUCAGUUCCUGGCUCCCAAGGCCAUGAAGAAGAUGUACAAGGCGUGCCUCAAGUACCCCGAGUGGAAACAGAAGCACCUGCCUCACUUCAAGCCGUGGCUGCACCCGGAGCAGAGCCCGUUGCCGAGCCUGGCGCUGUCGGAGCUGUCGGUGCAGCAUGCGGACUCACUGGAGAACAUCGACGAGAGCGCGGUGGCCGAGAGCAGAGAGGAGCGGAUGGGCGGCGCGGGCGGCGAGGGCAGCGACGACGACACCUCGCUCACCUGAGCGCCGCACCGCUUCAGGGACGGAGACAGGACCGGGCGAGCCCUGGGGCGGUGGCCGCUCCUGCGCUUUCUCCCCUCCCCCACCCGGCACCUGGUGGCACCGGGCCAGGCCCAGGCGGGUGCUGCAUCCUGGCUGGACAGAGCCCCAAUAAACGAUCCCACAGCCUCA